UAGCUCCCCGCCGCUAGUCACCUUUUGCCAGCAGAGAGGGAAGUAACGUUUUGGGGGUUUAAAGAGAAAAAAAUCUGGAGACACCAUCAAAGAACUGAAGCACCGCUUGGCACCGAGUGCUGGGAGAAAGCUGUGAAUACCUCCCGCGUUUAAAAGAGACUCAACCUGCAGGGAAAUUAUCCCGAGUGCGCGGAAGUUUGUGUUUACUGAUGUUGUUGUAGCUAGCUGGUUGGCCCUGUUAGCCUGUUAGCGAGAGGUGCGCGUUGUUUGGACUCAAACAUUUAGAACUAACCCAACUGAACAGGCAAGUUCGAUAACUGCUGAUUUGUCUUAACAAUUCGAAAUACUUGUUUGGCAGAUGUUGCUGGUUAGGCAAACAAACUUGUAACGCUUGUGCGGGUCACGAACUGUGGAUCUUGUGGGGUCUAGUCAAACACAUUUAUUCAUAAAAGGAGAAGACGCACAUUAAGACACCUCCAACGUUCAGACCAGCUCGGCGAUCUUUAACGUCUUCAUUCCAACCGCUCUUUGCAGUUACGGAUGACAAAUCAGGCUUUCAUCGUUUUUGUACCUACGACCCGUCCUCCUCAUCGGACCUAGUUCAUCUGCCUCGUCCGUUAUGGGCCCCCUGUUCAGCUAGUGAGACCCGGGGAAACAAUCCGCAGCCCGCUAACCAUGGGGGGAUGUGUGGGGAGAUACUGGGAAGGCUGGGAGGACACACAGAGCCGAGGCUCAUCCAGGAACGGUGGACGAGGAGGACGUAACGAGCCUCUUAAAAAAGAUCGGCCCAAGUGGAAGAGCGACUAUCCAAUGACGGAGGGUCAGCUACGGAGCAAGAGAGAUGAAUUCUGGGACACAGCGCCAGCCUUUGAGGGCAGGAAGGAGAUCUGGGAUGCCCUGAAAGCCGCUGCCGUGGCCCUGGAGUGUAACGACCAUGAGUUAGCCCAGGCUAUAGUGGAUGGAGCCAGCAUCACACUGCCACAUGGUACUCUGACAGAGUGUUAUGAUGAACUCGGAAACCGCUACCAGCUGCCUGUCUACUGCCUGGCGCCACCCAUCAACCUCAUCUCAGAGCGUAGUGACGAGGACCCCAGCGACAGCCCUGAACCCCCAGUAGCACCCAAGAAGGAAUUCCAGCUCAAGGUUCGACUGUCCACAGGAAAGGACCUGCGUCUCAGCGUCAGCAUGGCCGACACCAUCGGGCAGCUGAAGAAGCAGCUGCAGGCCCAGGAAGACAUCGAUGCCACCCACCAACGCUGGUUCUUCUCCGGGAAGCUGCUCACAGACAAGACGCGGCUACAAGACACUAAGAUCCAGAAGGACUUUGUGAUCCAGGUCAUCGUCAACCCGCAGGCCCUCCGAGCCCCCAAGCUGUCACCGACCACCACUGCCUCCUCCCCUGCUUCUGAAUAACAGGACAAAGAGGAACCAUGGAGGAGUUAUGCAGAGGGUAGAAGAUGCUGAAGGACCAGAUGUGCCUCCAGUGCUGGAUAACUUAUUCUUUUUGACAACAGACACUGUUACUGAAUGAAAAUUAAACUGUGGAGGUACAAAACUACUUUUAGGCAAAAAAAAGAAAAAAAAAAGAAAAAAAUCAGAAGAGAGUGACUCAAAUGCUGCUUUCUUUCACGUACUAUGUUCAAGUUGUUCCUCUGCCGAGUUGUUCCAGUUGUCACACUAAGUCUGGAGAUCUUCACCUGCUUUGAGCCAUCUUGAAUUGAAGCAGAUCUCACAGCCUUUAAAGCCACAUAUGAAAUGUGCACAUUAUGACUAAACUCUGCCUCUGCCUUUUUGUCUGCACUACGUGCCAACGGAGGAAAUGCAGAGGUGUUGAUUCUAAAGCACAUUUCUACUACGACACCUGUGAACUGUGCUCUGCCAUCUUUUUCUCCUCCACAGGAACAAGAAAGGAAGGCUAAGAGCGUGACGCUGAACAUUUUCCUUCUCAUUUUCCUUCCUUCUUUAAUUGAGGAAAUAUUGUAAACUGAGCUUUUUUGCACAUUUAAAUAUUAUUACUAUACUUUUGUGGUAGUUUGUGUGCCUUCUACAAAACAAAAAAAGGGUUAAUGUCCGGAAAAACGUAAGUUUUACCGCUAGGCUAAGCCUUCUGUAUUUUUUUAAUUCAGGAACUCUUAGAUCAAUCUAAGCUAUAACUGCUGCCUUUUUUUAAGAUUUCAUGUCUUGCAGACAAAACAUAUGAUGGGUGUGUGAGGGCAAAACCAACAUAUGUUCGACCCAUAAUAAAUUGAAAUUUGAUGUAGCUCACAAAGAUAAUACUGGUGUACAAAUCAUAGAUUAAGUCAUUAUUGCUGUUUGUGAAGGGAAAGAGAAACUCCCAUGCAACAAGUAUUGUCUUAACAGCUGCGUUCCAGCUUAUUGACCCCCCCACCACCACCACCAGGAGGGAGCAGCACAGCCCUUAUAUAAUCACUUCAGUUGCUUUACAGGUAGUUGUCCUUUUCACCACUCGAUGAAUGUAAUUGCAUUUUCUUCUUGAUGUGGUCUGGUUACUUUGAGGAAACAUAUUUGUCCAUUUUCUUCACCAGCAUACAGAUGCUUUGUUAUGGAGCGGUGAGUGAAAAGCUAAAGGCUGCAAAAAGCUGUAGAUUUGUGUGUGGGUUUUUCAGGUGAACCAGCAGUAGUAGUGAGCCUCAAGGGGAAUAUUAUGAGUUAAUGACAUGACCUGCAAGUACAGUGUUUUACACUUUGCAGUCAAUUUACUUGCUAUGGGACAGUGUGUCAAAUUUAACAAUAGUUGUGUUUUCACUGCGGGAACUAGCAACAUUACUGCUGCUUAAUCAACUGGAUGUGAUCAGUUUGUUGUAUAGUUGUGUUUUCCACACAAAAUUGGAAUAAUUUGCCUAAUCUGAGCUGGUCUCUAUACCAUGGUGGGGACACAGAUCUUUGAAGAAAGUUCCUCAGAUAAAAAAUUGAAGGUACUGCUUAAGAGAAAUUAACCUUAAUGAUGUGACAGUCGUCUCUUCAAAAAGGGCUUGGAGAUUAGACAUUUACAGCAAAAAGCUCCCAUUGCAAACUGUAGGUGUGGAGUUUUAAAUAUAUGGGAGUUAAUCUACCAUCCUAUCCAGUUGCAUUGUGGGAAAUGUAGGUGGUUUUUUUGGAACUUGACAUCUUACAAGGGUUUACAGUGUGGAUAUCACAGGAUUUGCUGCUUUAAUUUUGACCAUUUUUCAAUCUAUUUGCCCCACAACUUUCAGAAUUUAAAUACUAAAUUGCUGGUGUGCUUCUUUAAUGGCCCUUAAUCAAAAGUUCACGGGUUUGACAUGAAAGCAAAAAGUUGACACCAUGUUGGAAAAGUAACAGUCAUCACAUUUUCCUUCCUGGCAAACAAACCAAAUUUAGGUCAUGACAUCUUUUAUGUGGUUGCUCUCUUGUACGUUGACUUAGAAUGAAAAAGAAAAAAAGAUGCAAGUUUAUGUUAGGGUGUCAAAAAGUCUUUUCUCAAGACGUCUUGCUUAUGAUUCAAAGUGUUUUUCAGUUUCACACUGAGCAGUGGAGUACUGCCUUUUUCCCUGUACAAUGUAGCACAAAGCCAUGAAUUUAUGCUGGCAGCUCUGGGCUGAAGUUCCCAUCAGGCCACACUGCAGCUCAGUCUGUGAUGUGACAGAUUUGUGUCCGAGUGCUGUGAACAUCCACAUUUAUCUGUUUUACAUUUGCAUUUUCAAUCAUUUUAUCAUACGUCUGACUCGCUGUUAGCACAUAAAACAAUACAGGACUGUCAAAAACGGAUCAAAGGUGUCAUUGAUCCUCUUCGUUUGUCCUAUAUGUAUGGAAAAAGGCCAUAAUUGUUUUCACUUUAAAAGCCACUGAAUACCUAACUGUGACAUUUAACCACUGCAAAAUGGUUUUGUUGAAUCCAGCUGAAUAAAUAGAAUCAAUUUACAUUCACAUUUUGAAACUGUAUUUAAAAUUACAAGUAACAUGAAUAUAGUUUAAUAUUUGAUGUGUAAAUUUUGUAUAGUCUUUUUUCUGAAACCUUGAAGUUUUUCAAAAUUCGAAAACCUUAAAUCUGUCUAGAGAAGCAAAUAAACUCUCUGCUUCUGUGUGUCAGUCACUAACAUGGCGCUGACAGAUUUGGGUUUCUUGGGAUUAUUCAGGGUCUUGGUGGGCUUCGCUUUCAUUCGCCGCUCCUUCCUGUCACACGAUUGUCCAUCAGUGGGGGAAUAAAACUGAACUGAGCCACAGCUCACCACAUCAAGAACGUUUUCAUUCUGUUUUAUCUUUUUUAACCAGUUUCAGCCUUGAUGCUCAUUACAGUUUCCUAUUUGUUAUAUCCAGAACGUUUUGUUUUCUGCUUUCCCUUUACCUGUGGUUCUUAAAGGGAUAUUUGAUAAUCAUCGUAUGCAAACUUGAAUGAGCAUUUUUCUCUGUAUGUGCAAUACAAUAGACAUAGACCUCAUAUCAUUUUUGUGUCUGAUUCUGCAGAUUUCAUAAAGCACCAGCCAUAAGUAUUGUUAAAGUAAUGUCAAACUCCAGGUACAAGCCUGCUAUGAUCUGAUUCCUGUGUCAGAUAAUCAGCUGCCUCUGUCAGUGGUUUUAAAUGUUCAUGUCUGUCACUUUGAAAUGUAUUCCCAGCUGUCGCCUUGACCAUUGGGCCUCAUCGUCUUUUACAGAAUAAAUAUCUAAACAUUAUAAA